UAGAUUAAGUUUCAAUGACACGUACGAGCACUGCCACUCAUAACAAAAACAGCUGCGAUUGCUUUUACGUAAGAGUUACAUGCCUGCUCAUUGUAAGUAACGUUCAACUCUGCAAAUAUCAUAGAGCAAACUAUGGGUAUCUUUGAAAACUUAAUAUAUACUUGGAUAAUGUUCGUGGUCUUUGUUUUUGAAAUAAGCGAAAAGGUGAAUGGAAGAGACCAUGGAUUAGAUUUCGUGAAUGGGAGAUGGAAAUAUCCUGCAAUAGUUCCAGUCCUCAAGCAAGAAGUUGUCUCAAUUUAUAAUGAAAACUUCACUGACAUUCCCAAGGACAGGGAGCCCUAUUAUGUUAAAGUUCAACGAUGUGUCAUCGAAAAAGAAAAAAUUCCUACAUGUCCAUUAUGUUGGCCCCAACCGAUGACAUUGACAGAAGUCGAGAUUGUCGUUCCUGAUUUAAAAAACGACACAAAAUUUUACAAAUAUAUUGUACAUAAUCACACUUCUUGUUACAUGAGUACAAACUUAACAGCCUUGAACUUUACUCUACACAAGACUCUAUCUUCAAACGAAAUUAACGAAACAGAAUUUACAACAAAAGUAAAAUACAAUCCACCAAACGUGAGAACAUGUAAUGACUAUUGCAAGCAUCGACAACCUCGUUUUAAUCUGCACAGUGAAUAUACAAAGGUUUUUAACUUAUCUCUUUAUCCCAUUCACUCUAGAUGGUUCAACUAUAUGAAGUCGUCAGCACUUAUCGUGUAA